AGCGACGUCUGAAUUUCAGCUGUUACAUGCAUUUUCUCCCAUAAGGGUGCUUCAGAUGUGCUGCGCACGGGAGGCGGGUCCCACCGGCCACCCCUCCCGCAGUUUGAUUUCGGAACGCGGCCGGGGAACUCGUGACGGUUGAAUUUUGAAUUUGGAAAAGCGAUUUCCGCCCACGGCGCUGUUUGAAUUAGACUGCUUUGAUGCAAUUUUCGGGAUAAUUUCUAAAGUGUGUUGUCAGUGUUUGACUGUGUGAGUGACUUUGCCUGCUCGUAAUGGAUUUGUGAGAUGACGCUAUAUGGUAUCCGAAUGUUUUGUAGCAGACAGCAGAGCGGGCGAGCGGGCACCGUCGGGUAGCAGUCACAGAACAAUGUGGACUCUGUGAACCAUGGACACCCUCGCUGUGGUGACGUCCCUUCUGGGACUUGUCUGCUUAGUGCCAGGUCCAGUGACUGGAGGCCUAAGCGAAGACUAUGGAGGAGGGGAAGCCCCCUACAUUAUAGAGCAGCCAAUGGACGUCACCGUAGCUCGGCACCAGCCGGCGACCAUCAACUGUCGGGCCGGGGGGUCUCCCACGCCCACCGUGCGCUGGUACAAGGGCGGCGUGCUGGUGGUGUCCGACACGCACCGCAGUCUGCUGCCGGCCGGGGGGCUGUUCUUCCUGAGGGCCACGCACGGGCGUGCGCACUCGGACGCCGGGGUGUACUGGUGUGAAGCCACCAACCCGUACGGGACGGCUCGGAGCAGGAAUGCUACGUUGCAUGUUGCUGUAAUCCGUGAAGACUUCAGGCUUGAGCCGGUAUCGACGCAGUCGGCUCAGGGAGAGACUGUGAUAUUAGAAUGUUCGCCGCCGCGGGGGUCGCCCGAGCCGUCCGUUUAUUGGAAGAAAAAUGGACAGACGUUACAUUUUGAUGGCGACUCCAGAAUGCAUUUAGUCGACGGUGGCAGUCUCGUAAUACAAGACGCUCGGCAAUCCGACGCGGGACGAUACCAGUGCGUGGCUCGGAAUGCGGCCGGCACCCGGGAGUCCACCGUCGCCACGCUGCGCAUACACAUUAAGCCGUACUUAAUCACGGGUCCUGAGGACGCGGUGGCGCAGACCGGCGGCUCGGUGACGUUCCAGUGCCGCGCGGGGGGGGACCCGCUGCCGGACGUGCUGUGGCGGCGCAGCGCCGGCGGCGGCGACAUGCCGCUCGGCCGGGUGAAGGUGCUGGACGACAGGAGUCUCCGGCUGGAUGACGUCACGAUAGCUGAUGAGGGAGAGUACACGUGCGAGGCCGACAACUCCGUCGGUGCCGUCACCGCCAGCGGCUAUCUCACUGUCUAUGACUCACCGUCGAUAAUGCUGAAACCUACCAGCGUUAGCGUAGAGAGUGGCUCGAGUGCCACAUUCACUUGCACGGCGACCGGCCGCCCCGAGCCCACUAUGUUCUGGAGCUUGGAGGGAAACAGAACUAUUUUAUUUCCGGGAAACAGCAAAGGAAAGUAUUCCGCAUCGGAGGUGCUCGACGGAGUCACUGUGUUGACAAUCAGUGACACCAAUAAAAACGAUAGCAGCAACACGAUAGUUUGUUCGGCGGUCAACCUGGCCGGCAGCUCGCUGGCGCGGGGGAGGCUCAGCGUGACGUCAGACGACGACCGCCCGCCGCCAAUCAUAACAAACGGGCCCUCUAACCAAACGUUACCUAUAAAAUCGAUGGCAGUUUUCCCUUGUAGCGCGAUCGGAAUACCUGAACCGAUCGUCGCUUGGUAUUUCGAGGGGGAGGCCGUAAUACAAAACCAAAGAAGGAAUAUAUCUAAUGACGGCACUCUUAUAUUGAAGGAUUUAGAUAAAGGCGACAGCGGUACGUAUACGUGCGUGGCGUCGUCGCCUCACGGGAAAUCCGUGUGGAGCGGCGCGCUGCUCGUCGACAGCCCCACCAACCCUAAUCUUCAUUUCUACCGCGCCGCCGACGUGUCGGCGCUGCCCGGGGCGCCAACAAAACCACACGUUUUUAAUCAAACAGAGAACAGCGUAACAAUAACGUGGAAUCAGAACAACAAGAUUGGUUCCUCGUCUCUCGUCGGUUAUCAAGUGGAAGUGUUUACUCGCGAGACGCUAUCCGGCAAGAACACGGCGCGGAACUCGAGGGGGUGGCAAGUGCUGGCGCGCAGAGUUCAUCAAACACAUUUCCACGCUAAAUCACUCAUUCCAGGUAUCACGUACAUGUUUAUAGUGCGGGCGGAAAACUCGCAUGGCUUAUCGGGCCCAAGUGCUAUAUCGGAUCCAAUUACAGUAAGCGACAGCGGUGGCAGUGUGUGGGAGAACGGUGUUUACUCCAACAACACAGAGUUCAGAAACAACAUUAUGACUGAUAACAUCGUCGAGCUCAUUGAGGCCACGCCAAUGGAUUCCAAAACUAUAAAGCUAAUGUGGGAAAUAUUGAAUUUCUAUUAUCUGGAAGGUCUUUUUAUAUACUUCAGGCCGCUUGAUAAUAAAACAAAUGACUUCGAUAUGAAAACCAUUUUUCAUUCCAAUGACGUUUCCGGGUAUGAAAUAACGAAUCUGAGGAAGUUUACGAAGUAUGAAUUUUUCCUGAUACCUUUUUACAAGAAGUUUGAAGGGAAGCCGUCUAACUCUCGGGUGGCAAGAACUUUAGAUGACGUUCCGGAUGGCCCACCGACCAAUAUAGAAAUGUUCAUCAUGAAUUCAACGACAGUCCAUUUAAAAUGGUCACCGCCGGAAUCGAAUUUACAAAAUGGUGCAAUUUCCGGAUACAAUGUUCUAGUGAACUGGUUGGAUAUUCCUGCGAACAAGUCCAUGGUGGCCAUCAACACGACCGUCCAGUCGGCCACCAGCCUCAUCAUGACGAAUCUGACUUCUGGAGUGAGCUAUUCAGUACAAAUUGCAGCACAAACUUCGGCCGGUCUUGGGCCGUUCAGCCAAAAAGUUUAUCUGAAUAUUGAUUCAAGAUCUGUUGGAUUAGAUCCGUUAUCAAGGUAUCCUCCAAACGGCGAUGUAUCGAUAGUAGCCGGUGAUUUCGUAAUGGAAACGUGGUUUUACUUUUUAAUCGGGGCAAUUCUCAUAUUUAAAAUUAUAAUGAUUGCCGCCGUCAUAUACAUUCGCAAACAUAACAUCUUUGCCAAGAAAUCUGCUCUUCCAAACAUUUAUGAUGCCAACGGCACCGGCUUAGUGACUCACAUGAACAUAAAAGCGGCAGUUUCGUUGUCGCAUCCACUCAGCAGUUGUUACAAUAAGAACACGGUGACUAAGACGGAGUCAUUACUCUGGAUGGAGAACCAGCCGGGCCUGUGCAUGAUGAGCCAGACCAAUCACAGCAAGGAGAAAGCUAAUUCCGAAUACGAUAAAGUAGCGCAGCCAUUACCGGAGUAUGCAGAAGUGACGUCCGCCCGCGUAAAUGGGAAUGAAUGGAACACCAGCAAAACAGCCACGUCGCCGGCCGCCUACGCGUCCGUUACUCUAGUGGCGAACACCCGGCAAUGUGUCAGCUCUCUGGGCUGGUUCCCGCCGGGCGGCAAAAAUGUAGAUAGCACUGACAAGCGCUACGUGCCGGAUGAAGAGUUAUAUCCGGCCAACAAUGGCGGCUACUACAACAGGAACGUGUACAGUGAAAAGUACUUCCAGGGUCAGCCGAACGUCCUCAAAUUUUACGAUUUGCCGUCGAUGGAGAAGACGCAGAAAGCGUCACUGCGGUACAACCAGAGCCUGGAGGAGAGGCGGUCGCACGACCAGCUGAAGACUGACACGGAGACGCAGAAUCUUAUUGGAAGGACGUACGAGUUGAGUUCGAGUAAGAACUCGGAGUCUGAUACGACGUACCGCGCCUUCGGGGACGAUGAUACUGACGAGGAGAACUACAUCGAGGAGGGGGUGUACGACGACCUGCACUCGGUGCAGCUGCCGCGGCACCACCGGGCGCAGAACCAGUACGAGAGGCCGAACUUCGACAGCGACAGCCCGCGCGCGGCGUCGCGGCUCACGUCCACGUUCCGGCACGGGCAGGGCGCGCCCCCGCCCCCGCACCCCCGCGCCGACUCCAUCACCCGGUAGUAUCGAGCCCUGCCGCUCUUCGGCGAUUUGUGCCAAACUGACGUAUGAGACGGU